AGCCGGGAGCCGCUGCAGAGCCGUGGGGACACCCAGAGGGGGACUCAGUUUAGGUGAAGUUUCAAUUUGGCCUCACCCAAUGGGCACUUUCGUGACCACGGCUAUCUGAACGCUCCCUUCCUCCCGAGGGGACUUACCUGCCACAGGAUGAGACACCCUGGCCUUCCCGUGGCUUCCCAGGAGAGGAUGGGGGCGGUGACCAAAGGAACUGGGCUCUGGCGUUGCCCCCAGCGGGCCACUUACACCCCAGGAACCUGUGAGCUGCUCAGAGUGAUGAUGAAGGAAUCCAAACUAACCAACUUCCAGCAACGCCACAUCAUGGACACUGUGAAAAGAGGAGACACUCUGCCCCUGCAGUGCAGCCCAACAUCCAGCCAGAGGGCAUCGCCUCCCAAGCCACAGGCCUCUGCUAUCUACCUGCCUCCCAUCCUGAAGGCCCGGCCCCACCUCCGGCCUGCCAACGCGUGCCAAGCCAACGGGGCCUACAGCCGGGAGCAGUUCAAACCUCAAGCCACCAGAGAUCUGGAGAAGGAGAAGCGAAAACUCCAAAACAUCUUUGCCACUGGAAAGGACCCAGAGGAACGGAAAAAAAAGGUCCCUCCCGUGCGGCAGGACCCUGCCCUUGAGCUGGACCGGUUUGAAGAAUUGGUGAAGGAGAUCCAGGAGAGGAAAGAAUUCCUGGCUGACAUGGAGGCCCUGGGACAGGGCAGACAGUACCGAGGAAUCAUCCUGGCUGAAAUCUCCCAGAAGCGACGGGAAAUGGAAGAUAUUGAUCACAAGAGGAAUGAGGAACUUUGGAGGGCUCUUGUCACCUCUUAAUCUGUUUCUGGAGACAGGAGCAGGGGAGCCCGGCCUCAACCUCGGGAGCCUGCGGUCAUCCCAGGUCAGCACCCCCAUCCUGGUCCCCAGCCCUGUCAAACAGCAGCACAGUACUGCCCUAGCCCGGGGUACCCGGGUGUAUAUAGCACCCUAGAAAUCGGACCACUCCUCAAAAUGGGCAGAUUUGCCUCCAACCUGCUGCUGGUCAGCUGCCGGAGCCUCUGAGACACACACAGAGUCAGAGAUACAGACACACAGACAUGAGCACACAUAGCUUUAGUCUUCUAAGGGUAAAGAGCCCCCUACACAGUGGAAGCAAGGCCAGAACCAUCGUGGAUGUGCAUCUACCCUGGGCAUCCGCCAGGCCCGCUCCCAGCACCCCCCUGUCUCUGUGUGUCCUGCCUAUUUCCUUUUCUGAACUUUGGAAUUCAUUUGAUUCCUGUUCCCUACUUGUCUGAGGACCUACUCAUUUGACUUCUCACAGCCUUGGGCAAAUGUUUAACCACAGUGAUUAAAGAGUCAAUAAAACACGGUUAACCCAGGUCAUCACACACACCGUUUUGUUUUCAGAGGGAUAAGCCUUACUUGUCCAUGCGGUUAGAAUUUCUCCAGUGCAGAUGGUUUCCAGACACCUAUUUGCAUAUUUCAAGUGGAAAUGAGAACCAGCACCGCU